AUGCUUGAGUUUAAAAGCCUUCUCAGUAUUACUUUAUUAAAGAUAUCGCAGUCAGAGGUUGUGGAGGCAAAGGAAUUUCUUCUUCAAUGUAUUGCAAAAUACGAGCAAAUCAGAACUUUUCUGAAAGGAAACAGUGAAUUUGAAAUCUCUCUGUUGGAGGUACACGGUACUUUUCCCUACCAUUUACUCACUGACUUGCUUUGCUAUAUUGAAAAAUUUCGAGAAGCUCUCUAUGUUGAGGAACUGGCACGAGCAAGAGUCCUCGCAGAAUUAAUGGCAGACAAGUACUCCGUGGAAAGCCACCUCUCAGCUGAUCCACAAUCAUGGUUCGGGAUUGAAAACAUUGUGAGGAGAGAAAGUGACUGUGUUUUCCUGUACAUUUCGUACAGAGAGCGGCAUCUUCUUCUCUGGGUAUUGAAAACAAAUGGAGACACUUGCUUUCGCAAAACUGACAAAGUGGAACUAGACACUCUUAUUGACGAGCAAGUUUGCGAUGUGGAAGGAAUUUUCAAAAAGAGUGCCGCUGGCUUCGGCGUUUUACCCACAGAGAACUGCGAAGAUCGAUCUUUGGAUGACAACGUGACGAAAUCUCUUCAUAAAGAGAGCCGAGCAAAUUUGCGAGGUGAACAAACCAAAGAUACUGAAAGAAUUCAUAAAUUGUGCUACAAAUGGAUCGUCGCACCCGUGGCAGACUUACUUACAGAGCCCGAAAUCAUCAUUGUGCCGGAUCGUUUUUCGUACCGAGUCCCAUUUGCUGCCUUGCGUGAUGAAUCUGCCGGAAAGUAUUUAUCGGAGAAGUACAGAAUCCGUAUCUUCCCUUCACUAACGACUCUCCGAAUCAUUCAAGAAUGUCCAGCGGACUAUCACAGUCUAACUGAUGCGCUGGUUGUGGGUGAUCCUACGGUCGGCGAAGUGCAUUACAAUGGACGUCUCACUAACUUUACACCAUUGCGCUGUGCAAGAAAGGAAGCAGAGAUGGUUGGUCGACUGCUGGGCGUUCAGCCUUUGUUAGGAAGUGGCGCAACAAAGCAGGCAGUACUUAAAGCGAUACCUUCGGUAAGUCUGAUACAUCUUGCCGCUCAUGGACAUCCCGAAAGAGGAGAGAUUGCCCUCUCUCCUCAACGCACUACUAACCAUACUCCUCAAGAGGAAGACUACCUCCUGACUAUGUCCGAAAUUCAAGGAGUUCAAGUGCGAGCUAAACUGGUAGUACUCAGCUGUUGUCACAGUGGGCGGGGAUUGGUUAAAAAGGAAGGAAUCCUUGGAAUCGCUCGUGCAUUCUUAGCAUCCGGUGCACGUUCGGUGUUGGUAGCAUCCUGGGCUAUAGAAGACGAAGCAACGGAGCAGCUCAUGAAUCAUUUCUACGAACACCUUGUGCGUGGAGAAAGUGCCAGUGAGUCUCUUCACCAGGCCGUUCAAUGGUUGAGAAGCAAUGGUUUCCCCAAACCUUCCCAAUGGGCUCCGUUUGUGCUGAUAGGGGAUAACGUGACAUUUGAUUUUAUGAAAAAAGAGUAA